AAUCAUGUUACCGAGGGGCUGAGAUUGUAAAGGUUGUUUAUGUUUGUGCCUUGGAUCUGGGCGAGCUAUCGUUAGCCCAGCUAGCUCCUUAGAUCUACUGCGGAGCGCAGUGACAGUAAUUGGUAACGGCAGGUAUAAAAUGGAAAAUACUAAUUAUGCUUUUAUGUCAGGAUAAUUGCCACAUUUGCAUCGUUUUUUGACAAAACGAUAUAGUUGGUGACCAAAUAUCUGUGUAAGAAGGUCUCGGAUAGCGGAAAAAAACGGAGCGCUAUUUAUUUAUUUAUUAUUGAGCAAUCUGGCUAUCCAUAUAGCUAGUCGGCAAGCUUUUUUUAUAGGUGUAUGGAAAGCGAGAGUGAGCAAUAUCGUAGAUUUUUUAAGCUUCCGAGGGCUCAAUGAUGGCGCUUACAAAUAGGCGACAUGUUAACCUUAGUUGGCUAGGUUAUUUGGGUUACUCAACUGUGAUAAAACCGAACUUUUACUGAAGAUGUUUCACGAAAUGUUAAUCUGUUGGGAUUAUCUUCCUUUAGGCUUCCUUUGGAAGUACGAGCCCAGGUAAGAUGCUUUUUUCCCUCUGUUGUUUUUCCUGCCGGUUGUGCGGUAGUGCGCUAACUAACUUUGUUCGGUCUUUUGCGAACAGGCAUUGUAUAAAGCAAUUUACUAGCAAGCUAAUAUGUUGUAACUUGUAUUACGAGAGAACUUCUGAAUUUAAUAGUCAUUUUAAUUCCGCAGUUGGCUCUUUGUCUUCGGAAGAUCAUGACUUUGACCCCACAGCGGAGAUGUUGGUCCACGAGUACGACGAUGAACGGACCUUGGAGGAGGAGGAGCUGUUGGAGGGAGAUUCCAACAUCAGCGCAGAAAUAGCGGAUUUACAGAAGGAGAGUAACAUGCCUUUGGAGGAGCUGCUAGCCAUUUAUCAUUAUGAGGCAUCGGUCAGUACUGUUGGGGGGUCCAGUGUAGAUAGUUCGUCAGGGGAGCUGACAGACGAGCUUCCAGAUAUGACAUUAGACAAGGAGGAGAUUGCAAAAGAUCUACUCUCGGGAGAUGAUGAAGAGACGCAGUCGUCAGCAGACGACCUGACCCCGUCUGUAACCUCACACGAAGCCACAGACUUCUUCCCAAGAACACUUCGAUCAAAUGCUAUUUACGACGGGGACAAAGAGUCGGACGGGGAAGAGGAUGGAGUGAGUCCCGAAGACUCCAGAAAGGAGAUAAUGGUGGGGUCGGAGUAUCAAGCUGAGAUUCCGGCCCAUCUCUGCUGCUAUGGAAACGAGGAAAAAGUAUACAGCGAAGAGGACCAGCUGCUGUGGUGUCCGGACCCCCUGCCGGAGAGCAGGGUGAGAGAAUACCUGUGUGAGACGUCGUCGUGGGCCUCGGACGGGAAGACGGAGGGAACGCCGGAGAGGGGUCACAUCCGGGACAACGAGCAGGCUUUGUAUGAGCUCAUGAAAUGCAACUACAACAUCCACAAUGCACUAGAACGGUAUCGGAGCAGUGCAACAUCCUCUAAGGAUGAAAUGCUUCCUUGGACAGAGGAAGAAUGCAGAAGCUUUGAACAUGCGCUGCUUUUGUACGAAAAGAACUUCCAUCUGAUUCAGAAACACAAGGUCAAAACAAGGACAGUCGCCGAAUGUGUGGCCUUCUACUACAUAUGGAAGAAGUCGGAGCGCUUUGAUUACUUCGUCCAGCAGAAUCGGUUUGGGAAAAAGAGGUGCAGCAUCUACCCUGGUGUAACAGAUUUGAUGGACAGGCUGGUGGAUGAGGCAGAAGGCCUGGUGGUGGACAGUUCUGCUGGGACUGGUGGCAUACGCCUCGAACCCUCAGCUGACCAGCAGCUGAGCAUCCUCAACUCCAUCACCGCCAGUGACCUCUCAGCUCUGACCAAUAGCGUGGCGACAGUGUGCCAGCCGGCGGACCCCUACAGCUUCCCCACCCUGGAGGGCCUCCACCGGGGGGCGCUGUCCCACGAGCAGCAGCUGGAUGGCGACUGCCUGAGCCUCCUGGACGCGGCCGGCUUCUACCACUCGGAGCUGGGCAGCCUGGGGGCGUCGUGCGGGGAGGACCUGGAGCGGCCGUCCAAACGGCUGAAGCUGGGCCUGCCCGAGGCCUUCACCGGCGACCUGUCCGCCGGCUACGAGGGCCGCGCCCGCCACAUCGCCAGCGCCAAGAUGGCGGUUUCCGUCACGGACUUCGGCAGCCUGGCGGGCGUCGAGCCCAGCGUGUUCAUGGGAGCGCACACGCUGCGUCCGCACACGCACGCGCACGCGCACACGGCGCUGCAGCUAGACUGACGUCACCGCUAACGUCACCUGCCCCCUCCAGGGGACCAUUGUCAAACCUUGUACAUAUCCUCAUUCACUGGAAACUUUAUUUCUUUUUACAUAUAUAUAUAUAUAUAAUAUAAAUAUAUAUUAUAAAUUUUUUUUUUUCUUUUUUACUAUGACAUCAGUGAUGUCUUAUCGUUAUAGAACUAAAUCUUGAUUUCUCAAGAAUUAAUAUAGCCAUUUAUUUUUCAGUCCUUGAAAUCCAUGGAAAUGUCCUACGUCUGUGUCUGUAUCCUGUGGGAACUGAAUAUCGUGGUGUAAGUUUGAGAUCUCUAGUUUUUUUUAUUUAAGUUUUUUUUUCCUCGUUUGUUACUCCUACGAGCAUCUCAACGUUUUAAACAACAACGACAAAAAAACAAAAAAACGACAACAAAACUGGCCACCACACCUUUAACCAAUGAAAGGUUUUUUCCUAGCCACUAACUUGGCUGCCAUAGACUAUUUUUAUUUACUUUUUACUUUUUAUCUUCUUCAUUGGUACAUUAGAGUAUCAGUGUUUACAGGUUCCAUUUCCAGACCCUGGCUGAUGUAGCAUUUUAUAUAAGAGGGUCCAGGUUUUUAUAUUUUAAAGAAAUGCACACAUUGGUGCAAGGCUUUCCUCGGUGGAGCUUUUGUGUACUUUAUGGAGCACUUGAGAUUCUUAGAAAAGCAAAAUUUGUAUUUGUCUGUGGAAACCAGUACCAAGACUGUACCCAGAGGGAGUUCAUCUUUGGGUUUCAAAAAAAGGUGAAGUUACCCCCGGCCCCCAGCCUACUGAGCAAGAGCUUCACUGCCAGGUUUCCUUUGUGAAAUUGGGUUUAAAAUAUUGACCAUUUCAAUAUAUUGUACUAAUUAGUUUCCAAGUAUGUGAUGGUUGUGAUUACGGUGAUUUUAACUGUGUUACUUUGAUUGGUAAAUCAUCUGUAGGAGGCAAAUUAGGAAAGUAAUCCAAUGCUAAUCCUGUUUAUCAGUGUUGGCAUGGUAACACAACUGUGUAGCUGCUUGGAGUUUUGGGCGCCCCAAACAUUUCUUAGUCCCCCCCCACCCCCCCACCCCCCCAUUCAAAAAUGGUAUGUUGCAUCUGAAUACUAUCACUAUUUAUUUAGAUUGACAACUUGCUCCUGCCUACAGUUCCUCAAAGGCUGAAUACCUUUCUUUUUCCAUUUUAUUGAACCAUGGAAAGAUGGUCCGAUACACAAAAAUUAUUAUAUAAAUAUAUAUAAUUUUUGGGAUAGUUAGAGGGUGGGUAUUUAUUACAAAAGAGUGUUCUGGACUGCACCAAGGCCAUCAACUUUAGCCUUAGUCUUGUAUGUACCUUUAAAAUGGCUUUUCUAGCAAAUGUACAGGAUAAUAAAUUUGCUAAAAAAAAAAGAGAAGAAAAAAAGGCACAUUUAACUUUUGUUAGUUUCAGAUGUUUGAGAAAAUAAUUCUAUUUUGACUGACUUGUACUAUUUAUGUAAUUUAAGCCGUGUGCUUGUACGUUCUCUUGUAGGGUCGUCUUGGUGAUUUAAAAAAAAAAAAGAAAAAAAAAGAAAGAAGACUUUUAGUUUCUUUAAUCAUAGGACUCGACAUUAACACCUUACUUUGUGACACUUGACUGGGUAGCCUUGUGCCAAGUGUUAUGUUGGGCUUGGGGAAGGAAGCACCGUGGCAUGAAGGGAGUUUAUCUUCACCAGAUGGUCUCGGUUGCCCUUGAGAGUACAGGCUUCGAGACUGCUGGAGAUAGUCAGUGGAGUGAAUGCAGUACCACUGUUUACUUACUUUAUCUAUGCAUUUGUGAUGGUCAAGGUAUGAUAAUUAGGAGAAAGGACACGUCGACUUGCUGACACUUAGGUUAUACUUCAGUCCAUGGAUACAUUUACGUAAUCACCGACUGAUUCGACAAUGUCCGUUUUUUUUUUUUUUGACCUCAUGAGUUUGUGCUCAGACAAAGAUUUCAUUUAAAAUCGUUUAAGGCAAUAAUUUGUAAAUAUGUACAGUCAUUAACACGUUUUUUUUUUUUUUUUUUUUGUUCUGUGCAGCAGUUGUGAGCUGCUUCUCCGUGCAUGGUAGUCGUGACCUUGUCUUGAGAAGAGAGUACCACUAAAAUGACUUUGCCUACAUUUGUGUGGGUCGCAAUGCACUGCAGCUCAUAGGACCGGUGACCUCUGCACUAUCACGGCUCACCUGGGAGUCCUCCCACACCUGGAGAAAGUGGCCCUGUGGAUUGCAGCGAGUCAAUAUGGAGGGCCCGAACGUGGCGUUACGGCAGAUGUCCAUCAGUAUGUUUUCAGCAGUGACUUCAGUAUUUAUGAAGCUUCUAGUGAAGAGAGGCUUCAUAAACGAGUGA